GGUCAAACGUGAGAAUCUGGUUAGAGACCAAGCUGGCGGUCUAGGGAUUCAACCUGCCGGACCCUAAUUCUCUUAAAAGCUCUGUCUGCAGAUGCCUAUGACAGAUCGUUAGAGGAGGUCAAGCUCCUCCGCAGAGAGAACUAUGCUUAUCCGGGGCAAGCGCCAGUUCACACUGGCGGGUAAGGGUUGACCUCCACAGGAUCCUGAACUGGAAGGCCGGAUCUAGCCCUACGAAGAACCUAAGCCAGCAGGCCUCAGGGCUGGCUGAGCAGCUGGCUCCCAGCUUGGCGCCCUACUUCCAUGUCUCAUCUGAAGAAUGUGGAAGCCAGGAUCCUCCAGUGUCUCCAGAACAAGUUCCUGGCCCGCUAUGUUUCCCUCCCAAACCAGAACAAGAUCUGGACGGUGACUGUGAGCCCAGAGCAAAAGGACCGCACCCCUCUGGUGAUGGUACAUGGCUUUGGGGGCGGUGUGGGCCUCUGGAUCCUCAACAUGGAUUCAUUGAGUGCCCGCCGCACACUCCAUACCUUUGAUCUGCUUGGCUUCGGGCGGAGCUCAAGGCCAACCUUCCCAAGGGACCCAGAAGGAGCUGAAGAUGAGUUUGUGACCUCAAUAGAGACAUGGCGGGAGACCAUGGGAAUCCCCACCAUGAUCCUCCUGGGGCACAGUUUGGGGGGAUUCCUGGCCACUUCUUACUCUAUCAAGUACCCUGAAAGAGUUAAACACCUUAUCCUGGUGGACCCAUGGGGCUUUCCCCUACGACCAACUGACCCCAGUGAGAUCCGUACACCUCCAACCUGGGUCAAGGCUGUGGCAUCUGUCCUGGGGCGUUCCAAUCCACUGGCUGUUCUUCGAGUGGCUGGGCCUUGGGGGCCUGGACUGGUGCAGAGGUUCCGUCCGGACUUCAAGCGCAAGUUUGCAGACUUCUUUGAGGACGAUACCAUCUCGGAAUACAUCUACCACUGCAAUGCGCAGAAUCCCAGUGGGGAAACGGCAUUCAAAGCCAUGAUGGAGUCCUUCGGCUGGGCCCGGCGCCCCAUGUUGGAGCGAAUUCACUUAAUUCGAAAAGACGUGCCCAUCACCAUGAUCUAUGGGGCUAACACCUGGAUAGAUACCAGCACGGGGAAAAAAGUGAAGAUGCAAAGGCCAGAUUCCUAUGUCCGGGACAUGGAGAUCGAGGGUGCAUCGCACCACGUCUAUGCCGACCAGCCGCACAUCUUCAAUUCUGUGGUAGAAGAGAUCUGUAACUCGGUUGACUGAGCUGCUCUGAGAGGAAGAGGGGGAAGCCAGAGUUGCCGUCACCUCCCUGUCUUAGUCAGAACCUCUGUCCUUUCCUCACCAACUAACACAUGCCAGCCAGGCAGAGUCGGGCUCCCGAGCUCAGACCACAGUGAAAAAGAGCACUUCUGAUCCCAUGCUGAGGGCAAGAGGCAGAAUCCACAAGAGGCCUUGAACUCCCCACUCUGGGGAAGAGCAUAAAGGGUUGCCUAGUGCCGCCCAUUCUCUCCACGCCGCCGAGUGUGACCAGGUGUUGAUUAUGAGACUGCACAAGCCAUGCCGUCUCCCUGCAUGGCCUUCCCUUCCUCUGACAGAGGAAGGCUCCCAGCAGCCUUUCGAGUUUGGGAAUGUGUCUGAGAGUAGGUUCCAUACAGGAACAUAUUCCUUCUCCAUUACUCCAUGCCGCCAUCCAAACCCGGCUCCCACUUAACCCACCAAGAGCAGCCCUGUUCACCUGCACAGCCCCUUCCAUGACUUUGGAGGUCAUAGCCCAAGCCCUUAUUGGCCGAUGAGGAAAGAGAUCAGGGCAGGAUGGAACACAGCUCUGCGUGAUGGGUUCCAGCAGAACUGAGUCUACAGCCCAGGUCUGCUGCCUUCCAGCACGUGUUGCCUGCUUCAUUCACUAAGGUUCCACACAGACACCACUGCUGUGGGGCUGGUUUAAAGCUAACCUUGCUCCAUAUUCUAACCUGUUAUACGGGCACACUAUUACCUUGCCCUGUGUCUCAAUCCUGGUUGCCUAAGUUGGGACACUCGAGACCCUUCCCCUUCUUCCUCCCACUGUGAGGCUCUAAGCCUCUUCUGUGCCUUGGGCCCUAAAGCCCCAUGUGUAGUGUAGAGGGAAGAUGGCUCCUGGUGGAGAAGGGGGAAGUCCCUUCUACCUUAGAGUCAUGUCUGCAUUCACAAAGCCCACAAGCAUCUGCAGCAUUUUCUACCAGAGCUGAGGUCCCCUGAGAGCUCCUGCCCAUGGCUCACUGAGGAGCUUAAAGCCAACUGUUCUCUGUCCGCAUCAGUCACAAAGUGCUUCUCGCUGCCUGAGCCUCUAUGCCUACCAUCUGUCACCAUGGUCUCCAACUCACUCUGCUUCAGAAUCACCCGUCAGCCCUCUCCCAUGGAUUUCAUUCCAGGUCCUGCUCUAAGGCUUGGGGUACUAGGCUGGGCCUGGCCCCAGAAGCAGGGCAGUUCCUUCCUGCUCCUUCUCUUUUAUAAAGCCAACCCUUCACCAGAAUAGUAUUAACUCCUGGUGCUUUGUACUACCAGUCCAGCUGCCUCGGCCUCCUUUUCUAUAUUAAUAAAGAAGAGUAAAAACUGUU